AUGGCUUUCACUAUGGCGUACGCUCAUGUCGUGGCUGCAACGCUUUUUUCCGUCGUGCAGUUACUUAUGAUCAGCGGUUUGUAUGUCGUCGUGGUGGACACUGCCCCGUUGAUAGAAGUUAGUUCCUUUUUCUCACAAUAUUUCCUUAUUCAAAAAAUCUCAUUCGCCAUCUUCAAUCUUGCCACUAAUAAGACUCUCAUCCCAUAUCUUCGUAGAUUUCCUUUACGUUAUGUGGCCUUUCAAGUGGGAAGGUUCUUUGUAAAGUCAUGA